AUGGAACAAGCAUGGCAGCAAAUAUCACGUCGUCGACGUGGCAAUUGUCGUCAUCAGGUUUCUAAAGUGCAAUUUGAUGCAUUGAAUGGAUCAACAAUCGCUUCAAAUGGUGGUGAAGAGAUGGUGGAACCAGUACCCGAAGUCUCCAAAGUGAAGCAAUUGCAGAUCAUUCAACGCGUUCGAGCCAUUGCCGACGUCUUACGCGACUCGUUGUUGAUCAAAGAUACACGGCGUGUGAUUGUCGAUCACUUCAAUCCGACUGCAACGAAGACAUUAGUGUUUGACGAAGAGACGGGAGGAGCUGAUGAAGAAGAUGAGACUUUCGAGCCGCUGAUGUUGAUAGGCUACGGACUUGGGAGUUUCUGCGCAUCGUCUAAUGCUGUGCAUCAAUUAGGUUUCCUCAUAGCACUGAAACGAGCUCUGGACGAAACAUGUUACUCGACUGAAGACGCUAACGUUUCCAAGAUAUCAGGCAAGAUUCAGCACGGUGUUGAGAUUUUUGACCCAGCCAUGAACAAGAGUGACGCUGUCAUUGCUGAGCAUUUCAAGCUAAAAGUAAUCGAGGAGAAUGAGCAUGCACGGCGACAAGUCGUUUGCAAUACGGCGUUUUUCAUGCCUCACUGUGGAAAGGCUCUUUAUCAAAAUGUCCUCGCUUGCAAUUGGGGUCCUGCUAUGACGAAGUUGGUCAUCAUUGGCAACAGCUUUUCAGCUUACGGAGACCGUAUUUUUUCAGCCGAAGAGCGCAAAAAGCUCUUGCUCGCAAGCUUGGUGCCGUACUUGGAAGAAGUGCGUUUACCGUGCGGUGUCCCCAGGAUCCACAAAGACUUUGCGCUUUAUGAGGCAGCAUUCAACGACCUUAGUGUGCAUCGAUUUCCAUCGGAAUUGCUCGAUGGUGCGCUUAACACUGGAAUGGAUCUUAUCGACAGGAGCUAG